CCGUGUUCAGGUGAGCGGCUUCGCGUGCUCCGCUACUUUUGUUAUUUAUUAUCGCCGAUCAACUUUAUUCGUACGCUUGGGAGCGACUUUGGCGGCUGUACGGUGUGUUUCUGCGUCGACUUUGCGGCUUGGAAAUAGGCGGGAGUCGAGACGUCGGCUGCUCCCUUCUUGAACCUGCCAACCCCCACACACGGUCCGGCUGAACCCUCGACGCAAACACCGGCUGGGGGGUGGAAGCGUGCCAAGAACGCGAAGCCGUUGGAAACCUUCCAGCGACUUCGGACUUGAACUCCGCCGACACGAGACGGCCCUGUCUGGCGGCGUUCGACCGGGGACGAGAGCGUAACGCUAGCAGGGGCUGGCCUUCGAGCCCCGGGCGACUCGCGGAUGAGACAGGGGGCGGGUUUUUUUUUUUUUUUUGCGCACGAGGCGCUGCCACCCGCCGCCAUCCGCCGCUCGCGAACGGCGGCUCCGGUUGGAGACGCUCGGCGGAUCGGGAGAACCGUUAGCGGAGACCGGCGAGGGGUCGGGGUCGGGUUCGCGUCUCCUGUGCAUGGGAGUAAACGCACGCGGGUGGGACGAGCGGUGAGAGACCGAGCGGCGAGCGGGCGGGACGAAAGCGGCUUGCGGCAGAGCGAGCGGACCGAGGGGCCGAGCGAGGGACGAUCGUUCCAUCGGCGACAGCCAUGUCGGUAGCCAGCCUCUUCUCGUUCACGAGCCCGGCCGUGAAGCGACUGCUCGGCUGGAAGCAGGGCGACGAGGAGGAGAAGUGGGCCGAGAAGGCGGUCGAUUCGCUCGUGAAGAAGCUCAAGAAGAAGAAGGGCGCCCUGGAGGAGCUGGAGAAGGCGUUGAGCACGCCGGGGCAACCCAGCAAAUGCGUCACAAUCCCGCGCUCCCUCGACGGGCGCCUGCAGGUGUCCCACCGGAAGGGCCUCCCACACGUCAUCUACUGCCGCGUGUGGCGCUGGCCAGACCUGCAGAGCCACCACGAGCUCAAGCCUCUCGAGUGCUGCGAGUUUCCUUUUGGCUCUAAGCAGAAGGAGGUGUGCAUCAACCCGUACCAUUACAAGCGCGUCGAGAGCCCGGUGCUGCCGCCCGUUCUCGUGCCGCGCCACAGCGAGUUCAACCCCCAGCUCAGCAUGAUCCCGCAGUUCCGCAGCCUCACGACGAGCUUCAGCGAGCCCGCGGGAAUGCACGGCGGGCCGGGCCACUUCCCCGAGUCGUUCCAGCAGCCCAACAGCAACCCGUUUGUGCACUCGCCCAGCAGCACGUCCAGCUACCCACAGUCGCCUGCAAGCUCGGGCCCCGGCAGCCCCUUCCAGAUCCCCGCGGACACGCCACCUCCAGCGUACGUGCCCCCCGAAGACCAGAACAGCCAGGACGGGAGUCAAUCGAUGGAGACCAGCACCACAAUGGUCUCCACCUUGCCCAACACUGGUGACCGGCAGCCCGUGACGUACGAGGAGCCCAAGCACUGGUGCUCCAUCGUGUACUACGAGCUGACGAACCGCGUGGGCGAGGCCUUCCACGCCUCGUCCACCAGCGUGCUGGUGGACGGUUUCACCGACCCCUCCAACAACAAGAACCGAUUCUGCCUGGGCCUCCUGUCACAUGUCAACCGCAACUCGACCAUCGAGAACACGCGCCGGCACAUCGGCAAGGGCGUGCACCUGUACUACGUGGGCGGGGAGGUGUUCGCCGAGUGCCUGAGUGACAGCAGUAUCUUCGUGCAGAGCCGCAACUGCAACUACCACCACGGUUUCCACCCGACCACCGUGUGCAAGAUCCCCAGCGGCUGCAGCCUCAAGAUCUUCAACAACCAGGAGUUUGCGGGCCUGUUGGCCGAGUCUGUGAACCACGGCUUCGAGGCCGUCUACGAGCUCACCAAGAUGUGCAUCAUCCGCAUGAGCUUCGUCAAGGGGUGGGGCGCCGAGUACCACCGGCAGGACGUGACGAGCACUCCCUGCUGGGUGGAGAUUCACCUGCACGGGCCCCUGCAGUGGCUGGACAAGGUGCUCACGCAGAUGGGCUCCCCACACAUGCCCAUCUCCUCGGUCUCCUGAGCGCGACUCCGCAUCUUUCCCCGCUGCCCCCCCCCCCCCGACACCUUUCAAUGCCAGCCAAGAGACUCCACAGUCGCCUGCCGUGUUGUUGUUGUUUUUUCAUCACACAACCUGCCAAAAUCAAGCUUGUGGUGUUCGCUCUUUUUCUCGUUUUUAUUGGUCUAUUGUUAUUGUAGCCUAGUUUCUAUUACUGUUAUUAUCAUAUGGGGGUUUUUUUUUUUAACCAUCUCUUGCCAUAAGCGCACAAGUUAUCACUGUUUGGUAUCAUCACCGAUCUAAUAUGUUUUUGGAUGUCUGGCUGUAAACUAAGCAUGCUGCAGUUUAAUCGCAGCUAUGAAUGUUUCGCCUCCACCACCGUUCAAUGUCUCCGUUUGGGGCCGUAUCAGGCGCCCCGUUCGCAAGGUGCUCGUUUCUCUAACCGUUUUCCGCUUGCAACACCUGUUGGUCGCAAGCACCCUCAAAUGCUGGUGGAAAAGGAUCCGUCGGUCUGUUCCACCUUGACACACGAGCCUUGACGUGUCCACACAAGACCGCAGCUUCGUCUCACCUGGCCAUUGAGUCUUCAGGUAUUAACUUGUUGCUUCGUGAAGUUAAAAGGCUUGAAGAAGAAGAAGAAGUGGACUGUUCGAUUACAGAAGUUGCUGCGCAUGACUUUUUAGGGCCUCGGAACACUGGGCAGAUUGUGUACCCGAUGACGGUUUGAUUCUCUGCUGCGUGACGGUGCAGCUUUUUGCGUUGGUAAAACAUGUGGACCUUAACAGCCUUGAGACAGAUCCUAAAGAACCCAAAUGCCACCGUGGCAAAAAAAAGGUACUGUGGGGGGAAAAAAAAGUUGCGUUGCCUUUCAACGAGGCUGCAGUUGCAAACACCUUCCGAGGUUGAGAAAAGUUAGAGUAACACACAAUUGUUGUUAAAAAAAACUGAAAAAAACUUGGUAUCCAAUGGAAAGGAUUGCCGAUUUGGAGUUAAUUGCUUUUUGGAUCGUAAUUAUUGUCAUGAGGUUGCUUCCUAGAAGCGCAGUGCUCUGUGUUUUGCAUCCAGGUUUAACUUGCAGUCUUUUUUUUUGCCAACUGUGCAAUUGCCUGGGUUCUGAAGUCUUUGGGGCGACUUUCGUUAAAAAGAGAUUGAAGUUCAAUUAAAUAAUUCGAUUGGCUUAAGUUCAUAGUUUUUUUGUUAUUUGUCUUGACUGCAGGACCAUGAAAUGGGGAAGGUUUGGGAUGAUCGGGGUGGGAGGGGUGGGCAAGGCAAAAACAGAUCUGGGCUCCACCGCACGUGUUGAUUAUCCCGAGUAGUUUUUUGUUCAAGUGAAUUUGUUUACAAGCGCACGUGCCCUGUUUUUAAGUUCACAUUACACGAGAAACCGAAGGCUUUGUGCAAGCGAGGAGGUAUUGGGCUGUCGUUUUUUUUACGUCUGCAGACAAAUUGUGGUUUUUAGGUAACGUGCAGUUUGCGUUACAUUGGUAAAAGGCAAAAGCCUGUGGCUUUUUUUUACCAUCCGAUGCGAAGUCACAUUACAGGUGUGAGCUUGUAGCCAAGAUUGUGUUUUUUUAAAGUUUUUUUAUUGUCAUUUUUUUUUUUAAACCACAUUCGUAAGGCUGUUUGUUGUAUACCAUGUGCGUCCCUGUUGGAGAAAUUAUGAACGUUAAAAGGGGAGGGUGUGGGUUGAAUUGGGGUAAUUGGAUUAUAACAGUAAAAUUUGUGUACAGCUUGCAGUAGUUAUAUUACUCUAUUACGGAGCGUUUUGUAUUGUAGAUGUGUGCGCGUGUGUGCGCGAGUGUGCAUCAGACCGUUCAUAGAUAGGUUCCCUGCGUUGGUGGUAGACGGAUAAAAGCAGAGCGGCGAUUGUGACAAGUUUUAAAAUGUCACAUUCUUUUGACGUAUUGUGAAACGCAUUGCCAUGCAUCGAUUCCUUAUUCUGCUGCGGAAAUCUGCAAACCUCUAAUGCUCAAUUAACGUUAACAGUGCAUUACAGUGUUUUUCUGAUUUUUCAUUUUUGAGUCUCCCGUGCUUUUUUAAAAUGACGCUAAUUCUUUAUUGUAGACACUCAGAAUUGGCUCACUAUUGAAGGAAAAAAAAAUACACGGCAUAUGUAGUUUGAGAUUUGAAACAAAUUGUGGUUAAAAACAUUGUACAUAAAAGUUUGAAAGCAGAAGCGUUGUUUAGGAGUAAGACUUGUCGCCAUGAUUCAACUUUUCGACUUUGGUUAUUUACAAUUCACGAUGGUGUUACUACAUCGAUAAGUCUUGAGACGUCAUUCUCUGUAAUGUACAAUAAUUGCCUAUCAUUUAUUUCUCUGCCUUGCAUUACAAUCAGCUUAACGUUUAUAAAUCGAACGUGUACUAAAACAUUUAUUUCUUAUUGAUGAAGCGCUUACAGCUUUUUUUCCUUUGAAAAUUUUUGUAAACAAUAUUAAACAAUACACUACUGUCUUUAAAUGUUACAUUUUGACACAAGUAACACUAACGGAUUUGUUUUUUCGUUUUACGAGAGGUCUUUUUUUAAGAAGAGAAACUAUUUUGGCUAAAGAAUAAAUAAGGCUGGUUUAGCUCAUCAUUUUUGGUGAUUCCAUAGCAAAACUCCUUAGUGCUGUAAGUAAACACUGCUUACCAUCUGCUCCUGACAACUGCAACUCCUUGUAUCCAGCAGUGUGAGAAAUGUCAAUGUAAAUGUUUUGAUGAACUUUUGCAAAUAAACUGCUUUAAAAUAAAAAAAA